UGAUGGAGACGAGAGGUUUGGGGGUUUCCCCGGGAUUUCACGCUUUUGCCGGGUUGAAACGAUUGCAGACCGUCAAUAUAGAGCCGCCGUGGGGGAAGUGUAACAGAUCUCUGCGUCUGGAUCAUUACCCCCAGUACACGUUCUCCGGGUGUAUCAUUGAAUGUAAACUUCAGAAGGCUGUGGAAAAGUGCGGCUGCAAACCUUUAGAAUACCCAGGUCCCUAUCCUGUGUGCAGCCCGCGGGAAAUUCAAGAAUGUGUACAAGAAGAAAUGCGUAUCAUAAACCAGGACUUUUCGAAGCAUUGUUCUGGGUGCACUGUGCCGUGUUACAGUACCAACUACAACAUACAGCUGUCUUACGUGGCCCUACGGAAUGCUACAAUGCACCACAAGUAUGGGCAGCAUAUUAUUCCAUCAGGGUAUAGCGGAGACUACGUACAGGACAAUCUUCUGGCGCUUGAUGUAUAUUACGAAGAACUCAACCUUGAGUCCAUGGAACAAAAGAAGGCGGUAGAAGAGUCGGGACUAUUGAGUGAUAUCGGAGGCCAACUGGGGCUAUUCAUGGGGUUUAGUGCACUAACAUUUAUAGAGUUUUUCGAGUAUAUCAUUCUCAAAUUUCGCAGACUGACACGCAGAAGAAAGCUCAUUGAGCCUAUAGUUUGAGGAGGGGUGUAAAGGAACUCAAAAUGUUUGGUACCACACAUAGGCUAUUGAUAUAAUAUAAUUAAAAUUUACUUGUUGACUUAACAGCUGCAAAACUCAUUGAUUACAAAGAGUAUAAAUCGUCAAGAUGUGUGGGGUAUGAUAUAAUAGCCUAUAGCUUGCUGCACAGACAUGAGUCAAAUUUGAAGGUUUCUUCGCCAUUUAAAAAAUAAACUUUGAUCCAUACUACAUACAUGUACCUCAGCAUCAAUUCGGACAAUAAAACAUACGCCUGCAUGUAAUUCCUACAGGGAAAAACUAUAACUAUCCUGCAAAGAAAUAUAAUUUAAUAGAGCAUUCGGCCAUUGGAUAAGCAGUAAUUCCCACAUGGGCAAAAUAUAUGCAUUUUAUGAUACAAACGCAAUGGAACUGUGAUAUCGAUCUUGAAUUCACAUAUUUAUUGGAAACGCCUGGAAACUUCGAUCUUGAAUAUUUCGAUAGUAUAUAAUUCAAACGUUAGGUGAAUUGCAAACUAUGAGGCAUGUUAUUCAAUACAUCGGUGCACACAUUAAAGUCUUUGUAUAUGUUGACCGUAUGUACAUAAGUGCACA